GAGGAGGAGGAGUGGUUGUCGAUUUAGAAAAAGAUCCAGGAGGAGGAGGAGGAGAAGGAGGCACAAGAAGCCGGGGGCCUGGCGGUACCGGGCCAAUGCUGAGAUCGAGGGAAGACGAAUGGGCAAACGACAAGUCCGAGUUCGUUCAGUGCGGUAGUAGGAGUAGUAUUGUGCUGUGGCCGAUUCAAAAUGUUUGACCAGCAGUUGGUUCGAGAGUGAGAGAGGGUGGAUGUCUACAGGGUCGCAGAAGACGACUAUGCCGAGGAUGAUGCGCAGGGCGGAACUUAAACCUGACGAUGGGGAAGAAAGAGCAAGUUUUGGUGCGGAAACUUCUGCCACUUUUGGGCAAUUAUAAAAAUGAUUGACUGCUGCCGCUGCUGCUCCGCCGUGGCGGGUCGGAGAGCGAGGGGUUGGGUGGAUGCUGUGAGGCUGGAACGCUGGAAGGCAGGCAUGCAGGGUGCAGGUUUUGUUGUUGUUGCUGCUGCUGUCGUAGUUGUCACCGAUUGAGGUAGAUGUAGUGAAAGUGUUGUCCGAGGACGCUGGAAGGUUGGUGAAUUGAUAAUGACGCACGCGCGGGGAAUAAUAGCAAGAUACUUCGCGGUGGCUGGUGUCGAAUAGCUGUUUUUCUCUCUUUGUGAAUGGUGGCGAUCUCCACUCUCGAGACUGCCGUUGUGUGUUGUCUCGAGCAGUUUCUCGUUCACUUUACACAGAGGAGUCGCACCUUUUCUAGUCGCAGUUUUUCUGGUUUAAUUUUCAUCUGGAUAUCUAGUCUUCCAUGCGACUCGUGGAUGCUUUGAACCUGCCUUCUCAAUCGAAUUUCAAUUCUUCACACGGUGACAUGAAGCAGCUGCUGUGAGAGAGUCCCUGCAUAUCUGGUCGAGUGGGACUCAACAAUUUGCUUAGGGCUUAAAGCUCAUCUGUUGCCGAACCUUGCCCGUGACUAUCUGGCUUACACUGGAGAUGGCGGCCUUUUCUACUUAGUUUCAGGGCCUCAUUGUGACUCAAUUUCCUUGCAGAUGUCCAAGGACAUUUUACACCUUUCCAACAGAGUCGAUAUGACCGAAGAAUUCGAUCGUGGGAUACGGUUAAGAAGAUGGUAGAUCACAGGGGAGCAGCACGGAGCGGGCUCCUGGGAUUGUCGCGACGGAAGACUCAUGCGACUGGGGAGGAUUGUUUGUGGAUAAGGAUGUAGGGCAUUUCAACCUGUCACCCUGCUUAGUCGUAGUGGGUUACGAGUGAUCAGUUGUGGACAGUAGGUAACAAUGACAACGGAAGUGUGGGGUUUUUAGCAGAUGUUGAUGCAAUGUCUGCAACAGAGGAGACUUCUCCUGUGGCUGGUAAGAAGACUUCUUUGGCCUCGACACCCUCUUCUCCAGGGCAGUUAAGAUCAUCUUCGGUUCCAUCCUCUGUUGCUAGGUCUCAAGCGUCCUCUCCUCGCACGCCCACCGACAGCAGGCCUUUGGCAACCUUGCCCCCUCGGUCUUCUGCUGGAAGCUCCCCACUUCUUGCAUCCAGCAAUCCCAAAUCCACCCGAGGGGCAUACCAUUCCCGCUCUGCAUCCGUGCCAGCUGCCAAGGGUGGUACUUUCCCUCCCUUUCAGCCGCCUUCCUCCUCUGAAAGAGUUGGACGCGAGGAGUCCAGGUCUUCUCCUCGCUCAACGAGGUUUCCCUUAGUUCGUGCUAAGUCUGGACCACAGACCAUCGAGUCUGAUCUCUUCAAGCCGUUUUCGGAGAGGAGGUCUGGGCGUCAGCGCCAAUUACCGCCUCCUGUCAGGAGCCAGAGCGGAGACGGCAAAAGGCAGCUUCAUUUGAACUUUUCGAAGGCCCCUGGGUUUGGUCAAGAUGAUGGAGGACAAGGACCUCCAGGGCCACCGAGCGGGGCAGGCUCUCCCCGGUCCCCAACAACACCUGAGUACGGCAGUGGAUCACGCAGAGGUACAAGUCCGAGAGGAGAAGAGCCGCACCCGAGGGUUGUCUACAUCAAUAAUCCCGAAAGAACUCUCGAGAAUCACCCCAUGGCCAACAACAAAGUCCGAACUAGCAAAUACACUUUCCUUUCUUUUUUGCCCCGAAAUCUUUUUGAACAGUUUCACCGGUUCGCCUACAUUUAUUUUCUGAUUAUCGUCAUCCUCAAUCAAAUUCCUCAACUCGCUGUCUUUGGACGAACUGCAUCCCUCUUUCCGCUCGUAUUUGUGCUGGUUAUUACAGCAAUUAAAGAUGCCUACGAGGACUGGGGCCGACAUCGUUCGGACAGGACAGAGAAUAAUAGGUCGUCGCUUGUUCUUCAGGACGGGCAUUAUAAGCCCAAAAAGUGGAAACACAUUCGAGUAGGUGAGAUGAUCAUGAUUCAUUCCAACGAAACCGUUCCUUGCGACAUGGUGCUGCUAGGGACCAGUGAUGCCACUGGUAUAGCGUACGUCGAGACACUGAAUUUGGACGGUGAGUCAAAUUUGAAGAGCAGGUACGCAAGACAGGAGACAUCUGCGCAGCAUCCAGAAACGGGUCCUGUCUCAGGGACGCUUAUAUGCGAGACUCCGAAUCGGAAUAUUUACGAAUUUACAGCGUACAUGGAUCUGGGCGGCAAUCAUCUACCAUUAGGACCGAAGAACAUCAUUUUACGUGGCUGCGAGCUGAAGAACACCUCCUGGGCAGUAGGAUUGGCUGUUUAUGCUGGGCGUGAAACGAAGGCGAUGCUGAAUAGCUCGGGAACGCAGUCCAAGAGGAGCAGGCUGGAACAGGAAAUGAAUCGCGAGACAUUAUGGCUUGGAACCUUUCUUCUAAUUAUUUGUCUUGUGGGAGGAAUUGGCAUGGGAGUAUGGAUCAAGAGGCAUGAUAGCGAGCUCAACAAUAUUCCAUAUUACCGAAAGAGGAAUUAUUCAACAGGGAGGGAUGGGGACGAUUACAGAUACUACGGAAUAGUCGGGGAGGGUGUCUUUGGCUUUUUGAGCUGUAUCAUUGUGUUCCAGAUCAUGGUUCCUAUUUCAUUGUACAUCUCCAUGGAGCUAGUGCGCUUAGGGCAGGCGUAUUUCAUGACUAGAGAUUUAGAAAUGUACGAUGAAAGCACAGACACGCCUUUUCAGUGUCGGGCGCUGAACAUCAACGAAGAUUUGGGUCAGAUAAAAUAUAUAUUCUCCGACAAGACAGGGACCCUCACCGAAAAUAAGAUGGAGUUUUUCUCAGCGAGUAUUGAUGGUGUGGACUAUAGUGAUGCCAAGGUGUCCCUGGAUUUGCCAGGAGAAGCCGAGGGGCCUCCUGAGGUCGCCGAGCUCGUUGCAGCUCUUUUGAAUAGGCGAGCUUGGAAGCCGAAAGUAGGGGCGAAGGUGGACCCUAAUCUAGUUAGGGUCUUGCAGAACUCUCUUAAAUCAGACGAUAGUGCAGUAGUGCACGAGUAUUUCCUGGUUUUAGCUGCCUGCAAUACUGUUGUGCCGACAAUGGUUAGCCGCUCAACUACGACAGGUCAGCUCGAGAUGCAAGCAGCCUCAUCGGAUGGAGGAGCCGGGUUAAUGGAAUAUCAAGGGGAAUCACCUGAUGAGCAGGCACUAGUGGCGGCAGCAGCUUCCUAUGGCUACACACUUCUGGAAAGAAACUCAAGCCAUAUUGUUAUUGAUAUUCUUGGUGAAAUCCACAGGUUUGAGGUUUUGGGAGUGCAUGAGUUCGAUAGUGUGCGAAAGCGCAUGUCCGUCAUUAUAAAAUGUCCCGAUGGGACAAUUAAGCUUCUCAUGAAGGGUGCAGAUACAGCAGUGUUAGAUAUAGUUGCUCCAUCAAGUCUGAAGAAUCUGGCUGCCAGAAGUAAUCAGGAUGACUUACAGACUGUUACUUUAAGUCAUCUGGAUCGCUAUGCCAGGGAAGGUCUUCGAACGUUGGUUGUAGCGACUAAAGAUCUCGAUCAGAAGACGGUUGACAAGUGGAGGAUCCAGUACAACAAAGCAACUAGUGCUCUUGCCGACCGAGCAGGUUUGCUACGUGGUGCAGCCGAACUAGUUGAGAAGAAUCUGACUCUAGUGGGUGCAACUGGUAUAGAGGAUAAGUUGCAAGCGGGUGUUCCAGAGACCAUUGCCCUCCUUCGAGAAGCCGGUAUACAGGUGUGGGUUUUGACUGGGGACAAGCAAGAAACUGCAAUCUCGAUUGGGUUCUCUUGUUUGUUGCUCACUCGAGACAUGCAUCAAAUUAUCAUCAAUGAAACAUCUAUGGAUGGAUGUAGAGAGGCAUUGGCUAGCGCGAAAGCCACGUAUGUAAUACGAUCGGAGCAGAAAAAGAAGAGACAGUUAUUUAGGUGGCCAAAGCAGACUGUUGAUAAUGCCAGUUUGGAAGGCCUAGCUGGGUCACUUGGUUCUGACUCGCAUUCUGAGCCUUUGAAUAGAAAACCCGGGCAACCUCUUGCACUAAUCAUUGACGGAAAUAGUCUUGUUCAUUGUCUAACGGAAGAACUCGAACAAGAGCUCUAUGAAGUUGGAAGGGUGUGCAAAGUGGUUGUCUGCUGUCGUGUCGCUCCUCUCCAGAAGGCUGGUGUAGUCUCUCUAGUCAAACGUAAGACCAAGGAUAUAACUUUGGCAAUCGGAGAUGGAGCAAACGAUGUUUCGAUGAUCCAGAUGGCAGAUGUAGGAGUUGGUAUUAGUGGACAAGAAGGCAGGCAAGCCGUGAUGGCUUCUGAUUUUGCCAUGGGGCAAUUUCGGUUUUUGAAGCGCUUGCUAUUGGUCCACGGUCAUUGGAAUUAUUCACGCCUUGGCUACAUGGUUCUCUAUAAUUUUUAUCGCAAUGCCGUAUUUGUAAUGAUGCUCUUUUGGUAUAUUUUGUACACCGCAUUCUCACCUCAGGCUGCUAUAAGCGAUUGGAACUUAGUGUUCUAUUCUUUGAUUUACACCUCAAUUCCAACCAUCGUUGUAGGUGUGUUGGAUAAAGACGUAAGCCACAAGACACUUUUGAGAUAUCCCCCUCUUUAUAUGACCGGUCAAAAUGGUGUCAGCUAUAGCCAGCCACUAUUUUGGGCGUUCAUGAUGGACACUCUGUGGCAGAGUCUGGUGCUCUUUUACGUACCCUACUUCACGUACAGAAAUACAACUGUGGAUAUCUGGGGAAUGGGAAGCCUGUGGACCAUUUCUGUUGUUAUAUUGGUGAACAUACAGCUAGCCAUGGAUAUUCAACGGUGGACGUACAUACAUCACCUUGCUGUCUGGGGUUCCAUUUUAGCCACGUGGAUUUGCAUGCUUGUCAUGGAUGCACUUACUAUAGAGACCCUGCUUCCUCAAUACUGGGUUAUUUACCACAUGGCAAGGCAUUGGAGCUAUUGGUUUGACAUUCUCCUUAUUCUUGCUUUAGCUCUGUUGCCACGUUUCUGUGUGAAAGUGGUUUGGCAAAGCUUUUUCCCGUCUGAUAUACAAAUUGCUCGGGAAGCCGAAAUCAAGGGUCAUGACGGAAGUCGAAUGGAGCAAGGAGUCGAACUCAGUGAGGUUCCUCAUUCUCCAGUGCCCACAUCCUCGACAAGUUCUUCAUCCACUUCACCUGCUUCAUCUCCAGCUGUCUAGAACUUUAGACUGAGAUAUUAGGGGGUAGAUUAGAAUCACACCUUUCAUAUUUUCAAACUCGCACCAAGUUUUGUAGAUCAGGUAAACUUCGUGUAAUUGAAGCAUGGUCCAUGGGAGUAGUGAAUCCCAAGUAGGACUUUGGUAGCCACCAAUCACUUUGUAGAGUUACAAUGUAUUGUUUACCCUUGCACCUGAGUUUCCCCUUUGGGGUUGGCCUUGUUGAAACAUAAGCAUGCACAUUGCAUGAUGCCAUGCCUUAUGAAAUCAUUGUGAUUUUCAGCGCAAUGGCUGUGAAUGGAGGCAAGGGCAAAACUAUUCUGGUGUACUGUACCAAAACGCAGAUGGUCAGCUUCUCGCUGGACCAACUGAUUUAAAGUUAUCAACCUACAGUAUCAAAGAGAAGUAUGCCUUUGUACCCAUUCUAUGUAUCAUAAGCACAUUCUCUUUUAUUACAAAAUAUCUUUGAAUAAAGGUCGGGGUCUAUUCGAAGCAGAGAAUAGUCAUCCAUUUUAUGGC